AUGGAAAAGGAUGAUAACAGAAGCCGCGCAGAGGAUGGAAACCAACACCAGCCCCUUAAUAUUUCACCGAUGAAACCGCUGACCCGUGAAGCCUAUGGCGGUGGAAUGUACGGAAAAGAACCGGGACUUGAGAAAAAACCAGAAAAGCGCCCCGCCAGUGAAACCCAGAGUGCUGAUGGGCCUGUUGGGCCUGACAUCAAGCCCAAGCACCCACCUCCACCUUCAUCAGGCGACCGUGACAUUGACAUCACUGGCCAAUCUUACAUUCAGUAA